AUGGAUUUUGCAAUUGCUUGCUGGAAUAUAAGAGGAAUGAAUACUGAAUUUAAGCAGAAUGAAGCUAUGAGAUUUGUUAAAGAGGAAACAUUACAGGUGAUUAUUGGUGAUUUUAAUGUUACUAUUAACAUCAAUGAGCAUUCUGUUGGGGGAUCUAAUGUCACCAUUGAUAUGAUUGAAUUUAGAGAGGCCAGAAAUAAAUUAGAAGUUGAUGAUAUUGGGAGCAGUGGAAUGUUUUUUACUUGGACAAAAUCUUUAAAGAGCAAACAAUGUAGCACUUUAAAGAAAUUAGAUAGGAUUAUGGUGAAUGAUGAGUUGAUUAGCAGCUAUCCUCAAGCACAUGGGAGGUUUUUGCCUUAUCUCAUAUCUGAUCAUAGCCCUGCUGUAUUAAUUUUUAAAGAGGAAGUAGACAGAAAGGGGAGAUCAUUUAGGUUCUCAAAUUUCAUUACUGAAAAGGAAGGUUAUUUGGAGUUGAUUCAGAAUGAAUGGGAAGGAAAAGGGAAAGGAUUUCAUAUGUAUAGACUGGUGCAGAAUCUUAAGAAGCUUAAAAAGGCUUUAAAAAGAUUGAGUUGGAAGAAUGGAAAUGUAUUUGAGAAAGUAUCUAUGUUAAAGGAAAAAUUAAGGAAAGAUCAGGAAGCAUGUGAUAAAAAUCCUCAUAAUGAGAUGCUCAAAAGAGAAGUUGUUACUACUCUUAAAGAAUAUAUGGUGGCUGCUAAUGAUGAGAUUAAACUCCUGCAUCAAAAAGUGAAAGUUCAAUGGUUAAAAGAGGGGGACAGAAAUACUGCUUAUUUUCAUAGUAUUUUGAAAGCAAGAAGAAAUAAGAGCAAAGUGGAGGUUAUUUGUGAUGAUAUGGGGAAUAAAUAUGAAGGAGAAGAGGUGGCUGAUCAAUUUUUUAAGCAUUUUGAAAAGUUUCUUGAGAAAGUAGUUAGUGUUGAACCAUUAAUGGAAGGUAUUUUUAAGAAUGUGCUCAGUAAUGAGGAAGCUAAUGCAAUGGUGAGAAAUGUGACUGAUGAGGAAAUUAAAGAGGCACUGUUUGAUAUUGAUAGUAAUAAAGCUGCAGGACCUAAUGGAUUCACUUCUGGUUUCUUUAAAAAAGCUUGGAAUGUGAUUGGUAAGGAUGUUUGUGAUGGUAUAAAGGAAAUUUUCCUAAAUGGUAAGUUGUUGGGUGAUUUGAAUGCUACUCUUAUAGCUUUAAUUCCUAAAAUUGCCACACCAAAUAGAGUGUCAGAUUUUAGGCCCAUUGCUUGUUGUAAUAUUGACAUACGGAAGGCUUAUGAUACUGUUAGUUGGAGUUUUUUGGGAGAAAUUUUAAAUAAUAUUGGCUUCCAUGAGAAGAUGGUGCAGUGGAUCAUGACUUGUGUAACAACUACCAAGUUUUCUAUUUGUCUCAAUGGAGAAAUGCAUGGGUAUUUUAAAGGAGGUAGAGGUUUGAGACAAGGUAACCCACUUUCUCCAUACUUAUUUACUCUAGUUAUGGAAGUGUUCAAUUUGAUUAUGUGCAAGAAUAUUGAGGAUUCAAAAGACUACAAAUAUUAUUUUGGUUGCAAGGAGUUAAAUCUGUCCCACAUAUGCUUUGUUGAUGACUUGCUAGUUUUGUGCAAAGGUGAUCUAGGAUCUGUUAAAGUUGUGAAAAAGCCUUUGGAGGAAUUUUCAAGUGUGUCAGGAUUAGUUCCUAAUCUUGGAAAAAGCACUAUUUUCUUUGGAAGUAUUGCAGAAAGGGAAAGACAAGAUUUACUGCAAAUUCUACCAUUUAAGUGUGGGAAAUUACCUGUUAGAUACCUAGGAGUUCCUUUACUUGCCGAAAAAUUGGGAGUUGCAGACUGGAGGAUGUUAGUUGAGAAAUUAUAUUGGGCAUCUGUUUACAUGUUACCUCUCACUGUGAUCAAAGAAAUUGAAAAAUGCUUCAAAAGUUUUUUAUGGAACUCUGAAGACAAUGAAUCAUUGUGGGCCAGGUGGGUUAAUGUGGUGAAAUUAAAACACAACAACAUUUGGACUGUCAAAAUUGAUAAGCAGGACAGUUGGGGUUGGAAGACAAUGUUGGAUAUUAGAGAUAUGAUUAGAGGUCAUGUGAGAUAUGUGAUUGGAAAUGGGAGGAAAAUAUCUAUUUGGUAUGAUAAGUGGUAUGAGGAUGGACCUCUGUAUGAGAAAAUUACAAGAAGAGAUGUAUAUAACGCCAGAUUGGGGGAUGAUUUUAAAAUUGCUGAUAUGUUUAGGGGAGGAAAUUGGAUGUGGCCUGUAGACUGGAUGGAUAAAUUUCAUUUUCUGAGAAAUAUUAGAAUUCCAAAUUUGCAGGAGGAGAAGAAUGAUGGUGUUAUGUGGGUGAAUAAUAAAGCUGAAUUAGUGGAUUUAAAUGUUUCUAAUCUGCAGGAGUUGGUGAAUGUAAUUGCUAAGAAUAGAGUACAGAAUAAUAUUGUGGUGGCGGUGAAUAAAUUGUUGUUGGCUGCAACUGUGUACUUUAUAUGGCAAGAGAGGAAUCGAAGGGUGUUUAAUAAAGAAGAAAGAAGUGAGGUGUUGGUAUGCAGAUUAAUAAAUGAGACAAUCAAGUAUAAGCUUAUGUCUCUUAGUGUCAAGAAGUCCUGGACAGUAGACUUAGUGGCUAAAAGAUGGAAUUUAACUUGGAGUAAUAAUGUUUUGGUAGCUGAUUCUGCACAAGAUUGA